ACUUCUAGUCUGUUCACUGCCUGCAUUUACAAAUAUCAAAACCAAAAUGAACAAAUUCAUCGUUUUGUUUACACUUGCAGUUGCCAUUGGAACUACCCAUGCCGCAGCCGUUAGCAGCAGCAGUUCUUCCUCAGAAGAAGACAUUGCAGAAAUAGCACAGAUGUUAAACAAAAGAUUUAACACCACUAUCAUCCUCGAUGUCUUAAAAAUGGCCGAAAAAGCUAAGGAAAAGUGUCCAAAUAUUGAUGACAAAAUUGACGAAGUAGGUGAAAAAAUUGAAAAAUGCAUGGACGACAUUGAACUAGGAUCAGAAACUUUUUGCUCACUUGUCAAAAAGAAUCUCGCAAAAUGCUCCAAACCACUCGUUGAUCUGAUCACUAGCUGCUUGCCAGAUGAAUCCAAAGACCUUCCAGCUAUGGGAGAAAAAAUUAUUACUGCCAUUGUAGAUGAAGCUUGCCACACCACUGUUGAAGAACUAUUAGAAUUAUUCAACCCAUGUUUCAUGGAGAAGGAAUUCGUUUCCGUCCCAGCUUGCAGUGAAAUCAAAGAUGUUUUCGUCGCAAACAGAAACAAGCUCCCAUCGAAAUCCCUCGUUUGUUCCAUGUUACCAAAAGUGAAGAGCUGUGUUAAAGGACACGUAGAAGCUUCUUGUAAGAACCCAACUACUAAGAGAGCAACUCUGAAGUUCCACGAGGCCAUCGAUAAUGCUAUUAAAUCAGACUGUGAUGCUUUAAAUAAAGUUUAAAUUUGUACAAUUAAAUAACAAUCGAAAAAAAUUAAUUUUUAUACGACUUAUGUGCUGUAUUUUUCAACAAAUGUACUGGAAUUUUGAAAAAUUGUGUGAGAAAAUGUUUGUAUAUUACGUGAUAAUAAAAAUAUGAAUAAAAGUUCUUG